CAGAGCAGCCGGGAGAGCUCCCGCCUGUAAUUUGAAGGCAUUUGAUUCAUCAACAACGGAGAGUAAGCGACAAAUCUCGUGUGUGUCGACUGUUGCGGGAUGGUCGUGUGGCUGUUUGCCGCCCUCUUGGUGCCCUGGGCGGCUGUGUCGAUGGGUUCGUACGGCCACCACUCACACCACUGCAGCCGCAGAUGCCGCCGACGUCGCGGCUGAAUGGCUUCCACAGCAUCAGCCGACUCAGAGGACGUCAGCCAACAAAUGACACAAACCCAGAUCUCACGGUGAAGUGAACAUCACUCUGACUGUCUGCCUGUGUGUCUGUGUGUCUGUGUGUCUGUGCAGUGCGGUGUGCUGUCGCCAUGACCGGUGGACCAGUCGGGCUGUUGGAUGGUCACUUUGUGUAUGAGUUGGAGGUCACUGGGCAGCGGUUGGCCAUCAAGCCGUCAUUCCACUCGCACAUCAAGUUCUGCAUCGAACCCGACAAGUGAGUGACCUACACACACAGACACACAGGCACGUGUGCUUCCAACACCGACUUGCUGCUGGUGGUCAGGUCGGCUGUCGGCACCGAUAAAGGCCAAGACAGCGAAGAGGAGGACGCCGAUCAGCCGCCACCCUCACCGCCACCCUCAGUCGCACUGCCCGCAGCAGCAACAGACAAAGCGGCGGACGCGAGGACGGCAUCAGCUGUGAGGGGUUCUUUCGGCUCUCCCCCUCUGGCGCCUAUCAUCAAGUGGUGCGACCGGGUAGUGGACCCAAACCCACACCUGACCAGAGGGUCGAGUUCGACUGGAUCGAGUGGGCCGACGACAUCGACGGCCAAGACAAGAUAGACGAGGGCCGUGGGGAGGAGGGAAGUGUGUAUGAUCAGGAUGAGUGGCUCCAGAAGAUGUGGACUGACGUGCGUGUGGGUGAGGUGCGACGAGUCAUCCUGCCGCCCAGAAUGACCCCGGCUGGAAAGGGGACUUCGUUCACUGAGUUCAGGCUGGUGGCCAUUCUGUGAGCGAGCCUGUCUGACUGUCCUAUUGGGUUUGGCCGUGGCAAAGAGCGGUGCUGCCCGUCCGCAGGUGUGUGUGGGGUGUGUGUGCGGUGUGGGGGUGUGUGGUCUUCUGGCCUUGGCUGCUAUGACUGACUGACCUCUCUCUCCGUGUGUAUAGCUGAUUGACUCACCGACUGUCUGACUGACUGACUGACUGACACAGGUGGGUCGUACGUGAUUGUGUCAAGGAAUGGAUGAAGCGAUGGAUGAGCGGACGGAUGGAUGGAUGGACGCAUC